UGCUCCGCGUGCUUCCUGGGCCGCCUCUGAUAGCUUCCCAAGAGCCAGUGCAGUGGCCGUCCAAACGGCUGCCCAAGAGGUUCCCCUGGGAUGUGGACAGAAAGCAGGAGAAAUCUUGAUUCUAUUCACUUUGAUCUGACCCUUUACAAGUUUUAUGUAUGUCUCUGGUGCGGGACUAAUACAGUUUGCACAGUAAUAUAGUAUAUAAUUUAUGAGUGGAUGCAUAUGUCCCUUUUCCUGAGUGCACACUUAGAUUCUGCCUUUUACUGAAGAAGGUAUGUAAUCAGAAACAUUUGGAAACGGCUGUCCAGAGGUUAGAAGUGAACCACUUAGCCAGCCCUUCACUCCCUGGCCUCCCUUGUCUUUCUGGCUUCAUCAUCUAUAUUCUUCCCCUGUCCUCCUCCCCUCCCGAUGCCUCCCCUGUGACAUCCUGACUCCACCAAUACUCAACUUCCAGUUGCCAGAACAUGCCCUGUGCUUUCACGUCUGCAGCCCUGGCGGAGUCUUCUGUCUGUGGGCCCACCCUUCCUUGAGCUCCUGCAAAUACAGAUGAGCCCAGCUCCUCUCUGAAGAUUCCCCUGAUGCUUGCAACGCCCAGAGUGCUCUGUAGGCACCGUGAAUAGCCUGUCUGUCUGUGGUGGUCAUAUGUUUAACUUGCCCGUGCGUUUGUCUAGACUCUAAGUCCCUUGAGGGUCAGGCCCGGGGCUUACUUAUACCUACAUCCAGAACAGACUGAGGUCGAUUUACCCUGCCACGGGGAGGGGGGACAACCGGGUCCAGUGAGGUCAAUCAGUCUUCACAAGGUCGGCUCUGCUGACCCCACUAAUCAGCUUGAGCCUCCUAAUCCGUCGCCUGCAGGAGCCUCAGGAAGGACCGCAGGGGCUCGGGAGAGCUGGCAGGGGCCAUCUUGGCCUUCUCCUGCGGACGCGGUCUGGAGGGGAUGGGGCAGCUGAGCCAUGUGCACUACCCUCUUCCUGCUCAGCACCUUGGCCAUGCUCUGGCGCCGCCGAUUCGCCAACAGGGUCCAACCAGAGCCCAGUGGAGUAGAUGGGGCAGUUAUGGGCAGCAGCUUGGAAACAGACCUCCAGUCCUCAGGCAGAGAGAAAGAACCGCUGAAGUAAGCCCUCGCCUCUUCAGGAGGAGCUCAGCGCCAGGGCUUGGGAUCAACUGGCAGCUCACAUCCUGGUGUGCCCCCCACCCCCGAAGGACACCGUGGUGGAAGGAGCUGCAGGAGGGAGACUAGGGAAAGCAGCCGUUGAGAAGCGCGAGAGUUCCGGCGAGACUGCCGCGAAGACUUGCGCGCAGGCGCGGCCCUUCUCUCUUUUCGGCAUCGGUCUCAUGGCGGGAAGUCGUGGCGGCCUCAGGCUGGUCCGAGCUAGGCCGGCAACCUCGGACCUUUGGCGGCGGCCUUUGUUUGGCAACUGCAGAGAUGGUGAGAAGCCGACGUGCACGUUGAAGCUUAAAACCAGCGAAUGGAACCCUGAAAUGAGUAAGAAUGGAUGCAGAUUAAAGAUGUUGGCUGUGGACUUGGAAAAAAGUCACAUGAAAACCAUCGUUCAAAGAUACUGAGUGUAAGGAUCUUUGUGAUGAAAUUUCUAUGAAUGGUACAGUCUCAGCCUCAGUUUGAGGCCGAAAAGGAUGCUCCAGAACAAGACACUAACUAGCAGCAGUGCCGUUUCCGCUGCCCUGGACCCGAGGCGGAAUUUCUCUCGUGUGUGUAAUAGAGAAGAUCUUUGGAACAGGCUUGGGGGGAGUGUUCUUUUUGCUUCCCGUGUCCUGGCCUUUGAGUUGUGCUGAGUGGCAGGGAGACUUUGACUUAGGUUUGUCGUCUUCGCCGGGUGUCUGCAGUGAGUGAGACAGAAUUGAACUGCUUUGCCUGAAGCAGGUGAAACGAUGAUGAUUCUCAUGUUUGUAAGCUUUCUCUUUCUUCUUACGUGUCCCAAAGAAGCCCCACAAGCCUAUGAUGGUUAGUUAUCCCCGUCUGAAAAUCUCAACUGAGGGAAAACCAUCUGUUCUGAGGCUUAAGGGGCUGGCCCUGUGCUCUUAAAAGAAGUUCAGGCUCUAAGGGAUCGAACUGAAUGGACUCCACAGGGAAUUGUGCAUACCUUGCCAAGACCCCAGUCCUAAUGCAUUCACCCCUUGAAAAGCAGUGGUGUGGCUGCCCUGUCACACUUUAGGCCCCUUGAUUAAUGGCUCUGAGGGCACAGGCUGUCAGAGGUCGCAGAAAUGGGCAAGUGGCCCAGAUUUGGUUUAUACUCUUAUUGUGGAAUGAAAGAGUGCUUGUCAUAUAUUUCAAGAAAAUGAAUGUGCUGUUUGAAACAGACGGGAAUGGCAGUUGUAUGGCAGCUGUGGCAGUGAGAACACUUCAGGACUAUCUGACCUCUUCCCCUUGCACCGUAUCCUGACAUUCAGGAAAGACGGUACAGUGGCACUAGCAGAGCGAUUUGGUUUCCAGGUGCUUUGUUAACACCAGGGAGCUCUCCUGGUGUUCGCUCAGCUCUGUCUGAAUGGCAUGGCUGGCAUGUGAGCAAGAGAGUAGCAGAGUGGAGCUGGGCUUUGUUCCCAUUUAAAUGCCAGGCUUGAACUGGACACAGAUUGCCUUUUUUUUCUGUUGAAGUUGGGAGGUGUGUGCAGCUCUUUAUACGUAAGGUCACAUAUUUGUUCGGUCACCAAGGAAGCUAUAUUUGGAGUGAGAUUUAAAGAGCCUGAAAACCGGUCCAAGCAGCUUAUAGCUGGGAGUAAAACAAAGCAAAAGGACGUGUUAGCAAGUGAGAAAGUCUACCUCCUGGGUUAUAGCCUGCUUCUGCGUGGACUUGACUGCUCUGUGGGACCCAAGUGAACCUGUAGGUUUGUUUCUGUUUCUGUUUUUUUUUUAAGCUGCGCCGCACAGCUUGUGGGAUCUUAGUUCCUCAGCCAGGGGUUGACCCCUGGCCCUUGGCAGUGAGAGUGAUGAGUCCUAACCGCUGGACUGCCAGGGAAUUCCCGAACCUGUAGGUUUGACUCCAGAGGGGGUUGAAUAUAAAUGUGGCCAGCACUUCAUGGCCGCUCUUUACUGGUACUGGCCACUUGCCAGAUUCUGCUUCCUCAGAUCACAGUCUCCCAAAAAGGGGAGUCAUCGGGAACCACCAGGCUGCACUGAAUUGAUCUGGUGGUGCCUUACACGCACACACACAUGCACGCACGUGCGUAAUGACUGAUUGCUCAGAGUUCCUCUAGGAUCACUUUUUUCCUCUAGUUUUUUCUUUAAAUUUAACCUCAGUUUUGAGUCUCUUAGUUGGCUGCUGCAUCAAAUGAUUCUUUGGUUUUUUUGUUUUUUGUUUUUUUGCGGUAUGCAGGCCUCUCACUGUUGUGGCCUCUCCCGUUGCAGAGCACAGGCUCCGGAUGCGUAGGCUCUGUGGCAUGUGGGAUCUUCCCAUACCGGGGCACGAACCCGCGUCCCCUGCAUCGGCAGGUGGACUCUCAACCACUGCGCCACCAGGGAAGCCCGAUUCUCUGGUUUUAUAGGUUGCCUCCCAGUGAUGCCAGAUGGGAUGAGCACAGCCCCAGGUGCUAGUUGCUAACGCCUAUAAAAUACCACCACCCCCUUCAAAGGAGAAUCAUUUAAGAGUUCUUUGGACUUCAUCUUCAAAAGUAGCCAAAGAAUUCAAGUGACAGCGUAUCCCAGAAGUGAAAUCCCAGUUAGUGAAAUUAGGGUAUAACUAAGAACAUUCAGAAUACUGCACACAGUUUAGGUGAUCUUGGUAUAGUGGCGGGACAGCAGUGAUUACAAAAUGAAAGUAAUUAACAUGUGCAUGCUCUGUUGGGGAGACUAAAAGGAAAGAGGUGUUCAGCCCAGAAAGACAUUUCUCAGUGGAUUUCCUAUGAAGUCAAUGUGUCUUGGGUAUAACUUUGAAACAAAUUUAAAAAUUUUAAAACUGACUUACUAGCAUUUGUGGAUUUCAGAUUGAGACCCGUGUAAAAGCAGUGUUUUAUUCUGUGACUCAGCAUAUUCUUUUAUAAGUGAAAGUUUCAGAAUAGUUGCGGGUAACAGGAUGCAAUCAGAUGUUUUGGUGUUUAUAAGUUUCCCACUAAAUUGUUCUUAUACCCCUCUAACCGGUUGACAGGUUUUGGUAACUACAGAUGUGAUGGGAAUAGGGGAAAAUAAAGUAUGGAUAAAAAUGGGUCCAGGCAUCGGGAAGCUAUGGUUUUUCAAGUAGCUGCUUUAGUCAUUAAAGUCUAAAUGUCCUUUCACUUAAUCACAUGUCUCAAUUUCUGAAGUAGCAUUUUGAUUCAUCCCUCUUGUUAUGUGUGCUGAUAGGAUCGUCUCUUCAAAACCACAGACCCAAGGGCCAGGUUUUGGGCAGGGAGGCUCUUGCCUACCAGACCUGUGGAGACAUCCCCCUGUCCCCUCCACUGCCUUGCGGCGUAGGGUGUAGCAACAUCAGACUAGACAUCAGGACAGUAAAUCCCAGGGUUUGCUUAAGGGGUAGUAUGGUGAUAACUCAGUUGGUUUACACUUCUAUAGAAGCCUAUGUAAUCUAAAAUAAAACUGCCUAUAUCAAGUCAAA